GGCGGCGGCGGCGGCGGCGGCGGCGGCGGUGGCGGCGAUGGGACCCCAGCGAGAGAUCUGCGGCUAGCUGGCUGCAUUUGCUCCACGGGUCAGGGGAUCGCAGGGGGCAGGUUUGAAGAAUGAGCCAUUAAAAGGAAAGGUCAAAGAGUAAACAACAAGAAGAGGAAGAGGAGGAUUUCAAAGCUGGGAAGGAUGAGUUCCUGCAGCAACGUUUGUGGGUCCAAGCAGGCACAGGCUGCUACCGAGGGCGGGUACCAGCGCUAUGGAGUCCGGUCCUACCUGCACCAGUUUUAUGAGGACUGUACCACCUCGAUCUGGGAGUAUGAGGAUGAUUUCCAGAUCCAGAGAUCACCUAACAGGUGGAGCUCAGUAUUCUGGAAGGUUGGACUCAUCUCGGGCAUAGUCUUCGUGAUUCUCGGAUUGACUGUCCUGGCAGUGGGCUUUCUUGUGCCCCCCAAAAUCGAAGCCUUUGGUGAGGCCAAUUUUGUGAUGGUGGACACGCACGCUGUCCAGUUUAAUGGAGCCCUUGACAUGUGCAAGCUGGCGGGCGCCGUGCUCUUCUGCAUCGGGGGCACAUCCAUGGCAUGGUGCCUGCUGAUGUCGGUGUUUGCAAAAAGCUACUCCAAAGAAGAGAAAUUCCUUCAGCAAAAGUUUAAAGAGCGAAUCGCAGACAUCAAGGCCCACACCCAGCCCAUUACAAGAGCUCCAGGCCCAGGAGAAACAAAGAUACCAGUCACUUUGUCCAGGGUUCAAAAUGUCCAGCCCAUAGCGGCAACCUGAAACGUUUUCCAGCCCAGUCCUCCCCUCUGUAAUUUAUGCCCAGUGUUACCAGGGAGCAGGCCAGUUUGGGAAAUGAUAAGGGUCUGGCAUUGACCUGCCCCAGGGCUGUGCCGGGCUGUGGGCAGUGUGGUGGGUGAGCUCACACUCAUUCCAUUCAGUGGCCCUGGGGACCAUUGAUGCCAUGGGUCAGCCUGGGCACAUGCACCCAGCUGCUUAAAGAGGUGCUGCUGGGUGCCUACCAGGAGCUCUCUGGAACUCCCCUCUUAUAUAGUGUGACUUUGUGUCAUUUUCCGUGUUCUUGGAAAGCGCUGAACAGUUUAGACCAGCCUACCAAUGGCUGACAUGGUCCGUUUUACUUUCUACUAUUGGUUUUUCUAAUCUUUCCUGUGUGGUGCUGCCUUCCAUUCCUUGUCUCACUACAUGUAAGAUAUUGUCGUGUGUUCACAGAAAAAUCUAGUUCCCUGAUUUUGACCCAAACUUUGGUCUUUUAACUCUAACUUAACGUGAGGUUCUUGAAAUCAGACACAAACGUAUCAGAAUUCUCCAUAAGUCUUUUUUUGUUUUCUCUAGUUUUUUCCCACUUAAAGAGCUCAAAUUGCCAACUUUAGAAUCUUGGGAAGGAAAUUAAUAUUAGGAGAAUCUAUUUAUGCAGUGUACGAAAGCACUGAAUUAGAAGCCAAGAAAUCUGAGUUUCUAUUACUAACUAGCUGUGUGAUCUUGGGGAAAGCACUUAACCUCCCAGGCCUCAGUUUCCCCACCUGUAGAACAGGCAUCCUGGUCUGUGACGUCUGAGAUUCCGUUUUUGCCGUGCGUCAUUGUGUGUCCGUGACCAAGGAUGUUUACAGCAUUCUUGUGGCUCUCACCACAGUGGGAUUCUUCCAGACCUGGACUCCCAGAAAGUCACCAAAUCAGCAGCCUCCAUGCCACCUACUUCUAAAUAUCCAACUCCAGCAGUUUAAACAAUGCAGUCAUAUUUUUAUAAAAACAAAACUAAGCCAUCCUCCAGUAAGAAACCCCUGAGUAGAUAUUAACCUUAAAGAGGGUUUUCUUUCUCAAAGAAGACAUUUUCUUCUCCAGUAAAAUGUUCACCUCGUCCCUUUACACUUUUCUUUCAUCUGUGGAUUUAAACUAGCCUGAGGGAAAUGGAACACGUGACCUUGGUAUCCUCUCAGAAUCUGUGCCACCUUCAAAGUCUGUCUUUUUUUUUUUUUCUUCCUUUCCUUCACUGGAUAAAUAAAAUAUGUGAACAAGCAGAA